CUGAAGAGCCAUCAGGGGACUUCCAUUUUUAUUCUGAAGAUGCAGCUCUCUUUGGUUUUCAGAGCUGUGCUGCUGCUUUACCUGCUUGUCCAUUUAUUAAAUGGUGCUUCUCAGAAAAGGUCUAAAAGAAAAUCAAUAAAAGAAAAGCGGGUCAUCUUGGAUCCAUCUCUGAACAUCUCAGUGAACGUCCACCCUUCUCCAAGCAGAUCUCUGUCACCAUGGACAUACGAAGAAUCCUGGGACAGUUCACGAAUCCCAUCGAAAAUCUCUGAGGCAAAAUGUGAAAAAAAAAGCUGUUUAACCAAAGAUGGUGAGGAAGACUUCGGACUGGAAUCUAAACCCAUUUAUUACCAGAUCAACGUCCUAAGGAGAGUGAAGAACAAAAAUGCUAUGCACCAUGCCCUUAAACUAGAGACUAAAAUAGUUAGUCUGGGCUGUACAUGUGUUCUACCCGUUGUUGUGCCACAGAAUUAGUUC